CUGGUUCUCGCCUGACCGCACAAGGCGAGGGGGAAUUAGCGGAGGUGUCGGGAUCUGAAAUACCCGCCAGGCCCCUUCGUGUGUGCACGCCCCACCCUGCACAAUGGGCCCCGAUCCUGAGCUGGGGUCUCUGAGUGCCGGUGUGAGACCAAUGCGAAAUCAGGGAUUUUUCUCUGCUGCUGUGAGCCGGGCAGCAUGCUUAGCUGGGACCCAUAGACCCCUGGCCCGGCUCAAUGUCAGACUCAUCCAUGGCAGCUGCCGAGCCCCCUUGGACUUAGGAGCCAAGCCAGAACCUGGCAGGCGAGUCCAUGAAAUCCCGGAGUAUAUCCCUACACGGAAAGCAAAGAACCCCAUGAAGAUGGUUGGUGUGGCCUGGGCCAUCGGCUUCCCCUCCGGCAUCAUCCUCUUCCUCCUGACCAAGCGUGAAGUGGACAAAAACCGCCUGAAGCAGCUAAAGGCUCGCCAGAAGAUGAAGGCGUCCAACGUGGGGGAGUACGAGGGAGCGCGGUACAGGAGGACCUCACUGGGACCGGAAGGUGUGGCCGACACCAAGGCCUAGUCUUGGAACACAGAGCCAAGGCAACGAAGACUUCCUUCCCGCUCAGAGCUCGGGGACUUGGAGACAAAUCUGCUCGAUGUUGCCGAAUGAGAAACACUGUCCCAGUGAUUAGUCUCAGGUGCCAACAGCCCUUCUGUUUGAGAGUCAGUCCCCUGGGGGGUCAGGCUGUUUCUGCCCAAAUCACUCGACCCUACUCUAAUUUCUCACGUUGCCUCUGUACCUUGCACACAGCUGGUGUGGGACAGAAGUGAGAUCCUAAAUAAACCCUUCACCUCAGAGAAAUCUGCCCCUGUGCAGCUGUAACCCCGAGGGGCACCACAGAAAGGGGAUGUUACACCAAGUGUCCUUAGCCAUCAGCAGCGCUGCAUGGAGAUCUGGCCCAGAGCUUUUCCUCACCAAGUCCGGGGAGGAGCCAGUUACCACUUCUGAAAGGCUGGUGGUGGGGGAUCGUUAGAGCUGGCUCAAGGCCCUGAAGUAUCCCCAAGGGGGGUGGGUAAUGCUGCUGCACUGAGAAUCUGGCUUGGAUGGGGCAGGGAAUUCAGGAGCUGCUUUAAACAGGGUCCAGCUGCAUGGUACCUGAAUAUUACUGCUGGGCUGUGGGAAGUGAGACGGUGAGGCUCAGUCCUGUCCAGUUUGGGAGGUAGCUACGUUCCCUCUCCCCCAGUCCUUGACGACAGCCUCGGCUGAGACGUGGGGACUGCUUGUGCCACAGGGACUGAGCUCCCGUCUCAUUUCCAGAGAUGGUCUCUGCAGGGUGGGGGACAUGGCAGUGGUUUUGGGGGGUGGGGUAUGCUUACUCUACCUCCAACAUCCCUGGCCUGGGAGAUUCAGGUCCCAGGGGUCACCUCUUUCCCCUGCACCACUGUCACUUUCACAAUUGUGAAUAAAAAUCAAAAGAUGCUGGAUGCUUGAAAAAGUA